AUAUUAUUUUAAUUUAAUAUCUCUAGAAGAUUAUGUUUGAAUGAAUGUCUGAAUUGUUGAACAAACAAACAAUGGGUUGUCUUGAACUAAAAUUAAACAGAAUACCCUUUUCCAUUUCUUUCCCAAUUCUCUCUCUUUCUCUCAUUUUUUCUAUCUUCUUUUUCUCAGGAAAAAAAUAUUGCUUUUGUUUCAUAAUUUAGGUGAAAGAAAGAAAAAUAUUGUUGUUGUAGAAUAUGGGAUAUCUCAAUUCAGUUUUGUCCUCUUCAAGUCAGGUUCAUUCUAUGGAUGAUGCACCUGUUAGCGGUGGUGGUCUCAGUCACAAUGGAAAAUUCAGCUAUGGGUAUGCGAGCUCGCCCGGCAAGAGAUCUUCAAUGGAAGAUUUUUAUGAGACAAGAAUUGAUGGUGUAGAUGGUGAGAUCGUUGGCCUUUUCGGAGUCUUUGAUGGUCAUGGUGGUAUUCGUGCGGCUGAGUAUGUUAAGAAAAAUCUGUUUAGUAAUUUGAUCAGUCACCCGAAAUUUAUUUCUGACACCAAAUCUGCGAUAUCUGAUGCAUAUAAUCAUACUGAUUCGGAAUAUCUGAAAUCAGAAAACAAUCAUCACAAAGAUGCAGGAUCUACUGCAUCUACUGCCAUUCUAGUCGGUGAUCGUCUGCUUGUUGCAAAUGUUGGAGACUCCAGGGCCGUUAUAUGCAGGGGUGGUACUGCAUUUGCUGUUUCUCGAGAUCAUAAGCCAGACCAAACUGAUGAGAGGCAAAGGAUUGAAGAUGCUGGAGGCUUUGUUAUGUGGGCUGGAACUUGGAGAGUUGGAGGUGUUCUUGCUGUUUCUCGCGCAUUUGGCGAUAGACUCUUGAAGCAGUAUGUUGUUGCUGAUCCUGAAAUCCAGGAAGAAAAAGUUGACAGUUCUCUCGAGUUUCUUAUUCUGGCCAGCGAUGGGUUAUGGGACGUUGUCACAAACGAGGAAGCCGUUGCUAUGAUUAAACCACUUGAGGAUGCAGAGGAGGCAGCAAAGAGACUAAUGCAAGAAGCAUAUCAGAGAGGCAGCGCUGACAAUAUCACGUGUGUUGUCGUUCGUUUCUUGAUGAACCAAGGCUCCUCUUCUCAUACUAACUCCGUAAUUAACCGUCCUUAGUUAGAGGGUUUGUGCAUUGGUCAAGUGGUGGAUAUCCAAACAUAUGAAACUUAGGAAAAAAAAUCAGGUUAUAUCGGGAAUUAACAAAUUCAAACUCGUUAUUGUUCUGUUAAAUAGAGUUGUUGUCACUGUAUCACUUACAUAAGUUGUAGCUAGGAAAAAAAUUAUGCGUGUAACGAGAUUAGCCAGACAUAAAAUUACUACUACUGCAUGUAAACAUGAUUCUUUGUUGCCUAUUUGAUGUUUCUAGGGUUAGUUAUUUUAGUCCCAUGUAAUGUAUAUGUGAAUUAUGGCUUGUAUCAUACUAAUUAUGAGAAACAUGUAUUGAUGUAUUUGUUUACUUGUAAAUUGCAAUAUUAAACAAUAAACACAGUUUAAGAAUCUG